CCGUAGUAGCAGAUGGUUUGAAGCUCGGUAGCGUCGUCUGGAACCACCCCCUGACGCUCCACUGACCGUAGACAUGGCUGAAAAGAAACCUCCAAAGUCUGACUCUCCGUUCGCCACCAGAAUAUACCCGGCCAAAGAGAAUCUUUCCCGGGAUCAGAUGCAUUUCAUCAAGCAGGCGGAGCUGGAACAGUGGAAAAAGAAAACAUCAAAACUCCGAACGCGGAACGUUGCGACAGGACUCGCAAUAGGAGCGCUCGUGCUGGGUAUCUAUGGCUACACGUUUUAUUCAGUCUCCCAGGAGCGGAUCAUGGAUGAAAUCGAUGAGGAGGCCAAGCGUGCCAGACUGAAGGGACCAAAGACUGGAGCCAAUUGAGGCAAACCAGGCUGCCAGCCUCUUUAUGGACCGUGUUCUUUGUCCUGCUCUUAAUAAGGAGAGGACGGACAUUGCCACUGAGUAAUAUUCCAUACCUGGCUGUGUUUUUUUUUUUUUUUCUUGAGACAGAGCAGGACUUUGCUUUGUUUUGAUAAUAGGGAUUUAAGGGGUGGUUGUUUUACUUCAAUCAUUGAUUUGUCUUGAGCUUCAUUAGGCUUCAAUCAGUGCAACAGGCUAUAAUCCACUGACCUCUACAUGGCCUUUCAGUUUUCUGUGGAAGGUCUUGAUGGUAUUUCUGCCUAACUCUUCCAUUUCUAAUCAUGCAAUUGCACCAUGUUUGAGAAACAUAACAGAAGCUAUGAACAUUUUAUACUACAGUGGCCGUGGAUGGAAAUGACUACUACUACACUGGUAAAAAGACACACGAAUCAGCUUGAUAAAAUGUUAUUUAUGUUGAUAAAAUGUGUUUGUACUAUAUAAAUCUAAUGUGUUGAAUUCAAAACAAUAUAUCUUUAAAAGUUGUUCGUGUUGUUGUAUGUCGGAGUAAAAAAGACAAGAGCCGAAGUAUUUACAAUUACUUUUAUUUUGUUCAAAAUUUAUGUAUAUAUGCAAUCUGAUCUAGAAUAAAAAUAUAAAGUAAGACA